AUGGCACAGCUAAUCCCAAGCCUCCCUAAUGACAUUGCUACCGAAUGCUUAAUACGCUUACCUCUUCAGCAAUUUCCUGCGGCAACAUUGGUAUGCGAAGAUUGGAAACAUGAAAUUGAGUCACCAGAAUUUUUUCGAAGUAGAAAGGCGACUGGUCAUGGCCAACCCGUUCUUGUUAUGGUACAAGCAAAGGUUGAUGAAGAAACAGAAUGUAGCCAUGAGAAAAAUCUAAGCACUCCAAUUUACAGGCUUGCAUUUUGUGAUCUUAAAACAGGAACAUGGGGUGAGUUGCAGCCCAUUCCAGAAUUCUCAAAAGGGCUGCCAAUGUUUUGCCGAUUGGCAGUGGUUGGUUUAAAUUUGAUGGUGAUUGGCGGGUGGGAUCCCGAAACUUGCAAGGUAUCUAAUGCUGUGUUUAUAUACAGUUUCGUCUCGGCCACGUGGCGUCGUGGGGCUGAUAUGCCAGGUGUGAAGAGGUCAUUUUUUGGGUGUGCAUCAGAUUUUAAUGGCAAAAAGGCGUAUGUUGCAGGUGGACAUGACGAGGAGAAGAAUGCAUUGACAUCUGUUUUGGAAUAUGACGUGGCAAAGGAUGAGUGGGUCAAAUUGCCUGACAUGGCAAGGGAGCGUGACGAGUGCAACGCUGCUUUCCACUCUGGCAAACUCCACGUCAUUGGUGGUUACUCCACGGAAGCACAAGGUGUAUUUGAAGGAAGUUUUGAGACCUUUGAUUUUGUCGAGUGGAUUCAAGUGCAAGAGAGCUUUUUAGGACCAAACAUGAGUCCGAAAACUUGCGUGGCUGAUGGUAAUGGAAGGUUUUACACGUGUCAAGGUGGUGAGAUGGCUGCAUAUGAGGAUGACAGUUGGCGGAAAAUUGUUGAAUUGCCUGCAGAUAUGGGCGCCGCUGACGGUGUGGUGAUGACGGGGCAGAAUAAAUUACUUGUGAUUGGGUCUGGGAAUGAUGACCCACGUACGUAUCAUGAGUUGGAUCUGGAGAGAUGCAUAUGGAGAAAGUUGGAGGCCCCAAAACAGUACUUGGGUCAUGUUCAAUCGAUUUGUUUUGUGGAGGUCUGA